AUGAAUCAGCCUGCAGCUUACGACUACUCUCAACGAAGAUACCUGUCGCGGUUUGUCCCCACCUCCCGUCUGGGCAUGCUGCUCAUUGUCGUGGCGGUGGCAGUCGUCGAGCCAGCGACCACCGGCAUGGAGUCUGCCAUCAUGGGCUCCAUCAACUCGCUGCCCCAGUACAAGGCAUACUUUAGCCUGACAUCUACCAACAUCGGGCUAAAUUCUGCCUCCAUCUGGAUCGGCUCGAUCCUGAGUCUGCCAUUCCUACAGAAAACGUCGGACGGCAUUGGCAGAAGGAUGACGAUUCUGUGUGCGAUCGUGCUUAUGGUGAUUGACAUCGCGAUCUCUGCGGCGUCUGUGAACAUGGCCAUGUUCAUCAUCGGCCGCAUUUUCCUUGGGCUGGCAGCCGGCCUGAUAAACUGCUCGGCCUCGGUCCUCGUGGCCGAGAUCUGUCCGCUGGAAAUCCGAGGCUGGGUGCUGGGCCUAUUCCACAGCUGCUACUACAUCGGCUCGCUCAUUGCGUCCGGCGUCACGUACGGCUCGCGGGACUUGCAGAGCAACUGGAGCUGGCGCAUUCCGACGAUCAUCCAGGUCGUCCCGUCGCUGACAUGCGCAUCGCUCGUCCUGUUCACGCCUGAGUCGCCCCGCUGGCUGGUCAUGAAGGGCCGUGUCGACGAGGCAAGAGAGAUAUUCUACACCUUGCAGCGCAACGACGCCGGCUCGGCAGACUUCAUGGUCGCCGAGGUUGAGCGGUCGCUGCGCGAGGAGGCUGCCGCGUCAAAGGGCUACGGUGUUUGGAGACGGCAGCUGCAUAGCCGUGCGUACUGGAAAAGGGCGUUCAUCAUGCUCAAUAUCAGGCUGCUGUGCGAGCUGGGUGGCUCGAACAUUGCCACAUACUAUUUCACGAUCCUUCUGGAGCAGAUCGGCGUCAAGGACGCUAAGACCCAGCUCAAGGUCAACAUGGUGCGGUCGGCGUGGUGUCUCGUCUGCGCGCUGAUUGGCUGCUACACGUUUGACAUCAUCGGCAGAAAAAGACAGGCAUUCUUGGCAACGACAGGGCUGAUCGAGUGUCUCUUCAUCUUGGGCGGGCUGAUCAAGAAGUACGGCGGGUCUGAUGACAAGUCAGGCGGCUACGCGGCCAUCGCCAUGGUCUUCAUGUUUACCGGUUUCUACUCGUACUGCUACACGCCGAUCACGUCGGUGUACCCGCCGGAGCUGUACCCUAGUCCGACGCGAGUCGUCGGCAACACCAUCAUGCGUGGCUGCGACUACUCUGCGGGCCUGUUUGCGACCUUCAUGCUGCCGAUCGGCAUGAGCAACCUCGGCUGGAAGUUCUACAUGCUGACGGGUGGCUACGAUAUCAUUUUUCUUCCGCUGAUCGCGUUCGUGUGGGUGGAGACUAAUGGCGUGCCGCUCAAGAAGAUCUGUGAGCUUUUCGGCGAGGUUUUGGAGACCGAGUCUCCCAGCAUUGACGACGAGUCUAACAUCAACUACGUAGAGGUCCCGGUUGCGGACAAACAGUGA